AUGACAAAUAAUUUAUUUUCAAAAAAACCAUUAAAUUCAAUUGAAAAUAAUAAUUUAUUAUCUCAAGGUGUUUUAUAUUGCUGGGGUGAAAAAUUUACAAAUAAACCAACAUUUAAUUCAUUAAUUCCAAAUAUUUGUUAUUUAGAUAAUGGUUUAAAUCACAGCUUAGCACUAAACGAAAAUGGAGAAUUAUAUGGAUGGGGCGAUAAUAGAUAUUGUCAAUUAGGUAGCAAAACAUCAGAACAAAUAGUAGUGACACCAAUAAAAAUUAAAAUACCAGUAGUAGGAAAUCAACAAUCACUUAAAAUCAGAUCUAUUUCGUGUGGAGGCAACUUUUCAGCAGCAAUUUUAGAGAAUGGAUUACUUUAUACAUGGGGUUUAUUAAAUGAAGGUGGAAAAAUUAUUGAAACACCAACCAAAGUUGAUUUAUUAAAAAAUGUAACAUCAGUAUCGAUAGGUAUGAAUCAUUGUGCAGUAGUAGCAGAUUCUCAAACACCAGAAAAAAAGUCAGUUUAUUGUUGGGGUAUUAAUCGUAAAGGUCAAUUGGGUGUUGUUGGCGAUUCAAUCACAAAUGCACCAAGAAGGGUCACAUUGGGCUCCAAAGCAAUUACAGUUUGUUGUGGUGAUGAAUUUACAGCAGCCAUUGUCGAAGGUAAUGAAGUAUUUGUUUGGGGUAACAACAAAGGUAGACAAAUUUGUAACAAUAGUGAUGAUAUUAUAUCUAUUCCAGCCAAACCAUUUUUAGGACGUGAUGUAGUGGAGCUUUCAUGCUCAAAGAAUUAUAUUGCAGCAAGAUCUGGUGUAGGUAAUGUUUGUAUUUGGGGAAGUAAUGAUACAGUAUGCAAAUUAGGUGAAUCUGAUAAAUGGAUAACAUUUCCAAAUAAAAUCAAACAAAUAUCUGCUUCAAUCAAUCAUUUAUUAGCAUUAUCAGAAAAAGGUGAAGUUUUUAAUUGGGGUUUAUCGGAAACAGAACCAACAAGCGGCAAAAAAACAUUACAAUAUCAAUUAAUCAAUCAAUUAGAAGGUAGAAAUGUAAUUUCAGUUUAUGCAUGGAAUCGUACAAGUGGUGCAAUCAUUGAACCAGGUAACUUUAAAGUAGAAAUUGCAGAAUCAAUGAGAAGAAAAGAUAACAUUAACGCACCAGCCCCACUUUUUGUAAGAAAACUUGUAAACUUUAUUAGAGGUGAAAACACAAGAGCAGAAGGUUUAUUUAGACUCUCAGGCUCAAUGGCACGUUUAGACGAUUUGGAAAGAAAACUUGACUCGAACGAAAUGUUCAGUAUGAGCAAAUUUGAACCAUUCGAUGCAGCCGAUAUCAUUAAACGUUACUUAAAAACACUUCCAGAACCACUUUUAUUAAAUAACUUGUGUCAACGUUAUGAAAAAGAUAUUUUAAACACUUCAGACCAAAAUCAACGUGAGCAAAUGAUCAUGGAAUGGAUUGCAAAACUACCAAAAGAUAAUAGACAACUCUUAAUUUAUUUACUAUCAUUCCUCGAAGAAAUAUCCAUUUCUCAAAUUAAAUAUCAAAAGUCGAAUGCAAUGUCACAAAAAAAUUUAGCUUUAGUUUUUGCACCCAAUAUCUUAACCAAAGGUGAGAUUGGCAAUGAUGAUAUUGUCGAAGAUAUGAUCAAAAUGCUCCCAGCAAUAAUGAAACAAUAUCCAGAAAUGGAAGAGUUAAAUAUUAUCGAUCAAGCACAACAAUGUUUAAGAGGCUCUCGUAUUUCAUACAUAAUUGAUCAUUGGGUUCGUAUUACUCGUGAACGUGACACAGCAAACAAAGCAUUAUUCAAACCAGAAAUUAUAAAAACAAUUAUCAACUCUAUAGUUGAAUGUACAUUAGAAUUAAAAAACCAAUCACCUCGUGACAGUAACAAUAAUUUAUUAGCAAAUGUAAAUAGUAAUAAUAAUAAUACAAUUGGAGGCAGCGGCACCAAUCAAUUAAGUUUAUCGACCUCAUCAUUAUCCUCAAGCAGAGAUAAUAAUUUUUGUAAUAAUAGUAAUAAUAGUAAUCAAAAUUCACCCUUAACUGGUAGCUCACCAAAUUUAUCACCAACCAUAUUAACUCGCUCAAGCUAUUCAUUAUCAUUUAGUGGUGUAAGCAGCUCACCAGCACCAAUAAGUCAUCAGAGUACAGGUAGCGGUAGUUCAUUAAACCUUUUAAAUUUAAGUGGCGGUGCAAUUGCAGCAGCAGCAGCCAAACAAAACCCAAGCCCACAAUUAAUUGGCUCACCCUCAUUAUCUUUCUCCAAUUCAUCUGGUAAUUUAAUUGAAAACACCCGUCUUUAUGAACAAGUUUUGGCUUUAAUUUUAUCUCCAAUUAUUCCAAUCAAGAGUAUCAUGAAAGUUUUACCAUCGAUCUUUGAACUCGAGACCAACAAUGAUCUCUUUAUCAGACUUUUAACUACUAUCAAAUUGGUUAGAACUAUUAAUCUAAAUAUGGACGAAGAAAUCUGCGACCAAAUGGCAAAGGUUAAAGAAAUUAAUAGUUGUUCACAGUUUGUAGGAUCCAUUAGAUCAUUAAAUGAACAUGUAGAACACAUAAUUUCAGAUAUUCUCUAUUGCGACGAAAGCAUCAACUACUGGAAACAAUUAUCACCAUCCAUUCAGCUUUACACACAGCAAAUUCUAUCAUACUUUAAAUGGUGGAACGACCUUUUAGAGAAAUCAAACAGUGAUACCGAAGAGAAAUUAUUCCGUGUUAAAAAAGAAUUUGAUAAAUUAGAAACCGAAAAAUCAAAAUUAGAGAAACAAUUAAAUCACUUAAACUCUGUAACAUUAGAAACCUCCGAUGAAUCUAUCGUAUUAAAAAAACAAUUUGAUCAAUGGUGUCUCUUAAAUCAAAUUGAGGUAACUUGCCGUAAAAUUGAAGCAUCCAAUAUUCAAUUACAAUCAAUGAACCAACAAUUCAUCAAUAUUCAAUCACAAUUGGAAUCAUUCAAACCACAUUUAGCUAUUGUUCAAGAAUUUGUUACCACCACCCAAAAAUCAUUAUCUCUAUACAUUGAAAAAUUAGAAUCUACAAAAUCUAGCAUCCUUACUAUUUUCCCUCAAUUCUUUAAUCUCUAUAUCGAAUUAAUUUUCACACAUCACCAUGAAAUCAAAUUACAAUCUCAACAUAUCCCAAUCAUUAAAGCAUUAGCCACCUCAAUCACAGCACAACAUCAUUUGCUAUUUAUCGAAAACUUAAAUCAAUCAAAAUAUCAAAUUUCUUUAGAAUUAGAAACUAAAUUUUUCUCUUUGAAAAGAUUAAUUUUAGAAAAUUUAAAAGAUUCAAGAUAAUAAAAAUAAUAUUAAUAAUUAAUAAAAAAAUAAAAUUUU